GACUCUUUCAAUCAGCGAAUGGAGUUCGUCAUCUCCAGCACAAAGGAAGGCAAAGUGAUCAUCAACAGUGGCUUCUACACGGAGGCAACCAUGAAGAGUGAGCUCAACUUCAGCAAGGAGCGAAUCGCCGCCGUGGUGAAGUACUGCACCAAGACCAGAGCCCGCAAGAAGGAGCUGACAAGGAAGGACAAGUACCAGAGCCACAUCCGGGAAUAUUGGGUCGAUGUCUCUACGGUCGGCAGCCUGUCGAAUACGCACCGGGAGCAAUUCAAUCAUUGCAUCGAGAUAUUGGACCCGGACUGCAGCUUGCCAGUCCCCCUGCUCGAGAGCUCCCCGAAACCGUGUUACGAUGCUGAUUCCGAUCAAGAGGAUGCAGACUCGAGUUCCGACGAGGAAUGCCAGGAUCAGACCCCGAGCACAAGCAAAGCUAAGCAAAACAAGAAGAAGAAAACGAAGAAGAGCAAGAGCAACAAAAGCACGCCGAGCCCAAAGACUCGAUCCGAAAAGUCACGGGAUGUGCUCAGAAGGGCCGAGAGAAAAAAACGCGAGAACAAAGAGGAGGAAAUCGAGCGAGCUUUGGAGGCUUACUGGGGGGGGGGGGGGUAA